AUGGCGCGUAAUUCGGAGAAGGCGAUGACGGCGCUCGCCCGAUGGCGUCAGCUCAAGAUCGACUCCGAAACCAGCGGCGGUCGCUACAACGGAGUUAGAAAACGACCUUUUCUCGCGGAGGAAUGCUCUGAUGUCAGGAGUUGCAAAAGAUGGCGACGUGAAAUCAUCCAGGAGAUCUCGCAAAAAAUGGCGCAAAUCCAAAACGCUGGCCUUGGUGAAUUCCGUCUCAGAGAUCUCAACGACGAAAUCAACAAGUUGAUACGCGAAAAGAGGCAUUGGGAAGAAAGAAUCAAAAAGCUAGGAGGCCCAGAUUAUAUAUCCAGUAACAAAAUGCUGGACAAUGACGGGAAGGAGCUACAGUGGAAUCGGGGUUACAAGUAUUUUGGGGCGGCAAAAGACCUGCCAGGAGUUAAGGAACUCUUUGAGCCAGACCCGCCUAAGCCUAUAAAAAAGACUCGCGCAGAAUAUAUGAGAUAUGUUGACGCUCAUUAUUUUGGAUACAUGGACGAAGAGGACGGCCAAGUACUCCCGCACGAGGCUGAGGCAGAGAGGAAAGCGAGAGCAGAAGCAAUCGAAAAUUAUGAAAUGGACAAAGAAUUGGCGGCAAUGAAAAACGAUGACUGGGACCAGGACAUUUACGCAACGGAGCCGCGAAAUACUGAUCUAGAUCCAGUCAACGAGAACUUUGCCGGCCUCGCUGUGGGCGAUCCAAGCAAGUCAAAAGAGAAAAAAGAAACGAGCGAGAAGAAACCCGAAAGUGAAAAGAUUGAAGAAGUCUCAAAUAGUAUGUCGAAAGACAUACUCAACAGCAAGUUUGUGCUGCAAAAGUAUGCAAAAGAAAGACGAUUCGAAGAGUCCGAUCAGUCCUUGCUUGGUCGUCUACUUACAGUGCGAUGCAACGACAUGAAGCUGAAGGUCAUCGGGGACCUGUCUCAGUUAAAAAAUCUUGUCAAGCUCUACGUACGCAACAACGACAUCGAAUCCCUUCGUGGCGUUGAGACAUCGCCAAACUUGACGCAUCUUUACAUUAUAAAUAACUCCCUUUUCGAACUGGACAGCGUCUCUCGCCUCAGCAAACUGGAAAAGAUCUACGCUGGCAAGAACCGAAUUCAGGUUAUUGAAGGACUCACAAACUUGGACAACUUGCUUGAGCUUCACAUCGAGAACCAGAAGCUCUUUCCUGGAGAAAAAAUGCAUCUUGAGCCGGAAUCUCUCUCCACUUUGAAAAACUUAGAAGUGUUGAAUGUCUCUGGAAACGGCCUUGCUACGCUAGAAUUUUGUGCUUUCUUGCCCAAACUUGUCAGUCUCCGCUGCGAGGACAAUAAUAUCACCCGCUUCAACGAGUUAAAAGUGCUAGAGCACUGUCGCGAGCUGCGCUAUGUGUACAUGAAAGGAAACCCCAUCGCUAAAAUGUCCAAAUACAGAGACCACAUCAUUCUCAACGUCAUGAAAAUAACUCAGAUAGAUGAUAAAGAUGUUACGCGAAAUGAAAUCAAUUUCUUGCGAAAAUGGAACGAUUUCAGAAUUUCACAGUCGCAAGAAUCCCUUCGUCUGCAAAGAAGACACGAAGCGCACACACUCGUCGACUACGGCCACCACAAUGGACUGCCUUCUGGUUACGCACAUGUGCAGGAGCUACUCAAAAAGCGCAGCGAUAUUGAUUAUUCGCUCUCCGCAACUCAACUUGGCACCAACUAUACUAAACCAGUCAAGUGGACGAGAUCUGCCCAUCAGCGGCCAAAUAGCCCCGUCGGAGCAAAUGGAGAGCGACCAACUGUUGUGGCGACUGAAAUUAACCCGCCAGAUCCAGCAGGAGCAGGGGAUGUAAAGGUUGACGGCGAAGAGAAUGAAAAGCAAAACCAGAAGCCUCUCAUGCUAGUGCCUCAAAAGAACGUAUCGCUGGAGCGUUACUUUGAAGAUGGAAAUUGA